CGCGACAACAAAGUUAAAUCUCAAUGACUACGAAGUCGACUGUAUGUAUGUGUUCGGCAUCGGUGUGCCCCUAUCUAUUCGCGCUCUGUUGUGGUUGUGUCUGCUGUGGUGCUGACGCCCUCGGUGUUUUCUAUUCGUGCCAUUUUCCUUGAACGUUGUUAUUGUAUUGCGUGCGCUGAUCGUCUGCUUAUCAUUCGUCAUAACUGGUGUUCGGCGACGAGACAAUUGCGGUUGCACCGUUCGGCGACUUGGCCGUCCGUGUCUAGUGUUGCCGUGGAAGUUUGGCGGGUCGCUUCUUUCUUUUCGAUUAUUCCCGUACGAAAGCAGACGCAGCUUGUAGAGGCAAACACUGCGUUGUCGUCGCCACUGACAACGAUAGCAGCAGCAACCAAGUCGUUCUGUUGGCUGGUGUUCGUGCCUGCCGCCGUCGGUAGUGGUACGAUAUACGAACGAAAGGGGACGGCUACGACAGCCGUAGUGGCGACUGUUGAGCGGCUUCCCACAAGGAAAAGGUGCUGUGGCUAGAACAGGCUGUCGCUGUUACGGCCAGGACAGCGGUAAAGGCUGAACGGAUACCACGGACCAUCGGUUGCAAAAAAUAUUAGGCCAAAAGCAGUCGAAGUUGCGAAUUAGACCAAACGGCGUUUUGCAGUACAGGUUAAGGCCGAUACUGCGCACUACGUACGACCAGAUGAGUAAACAUUCGCGCAUACGUCGCCAGAACAUAAAAUAGGACCAGUACGUCUGUUUAAACGUGUGAUUGGCGUGCGUUUUCGCGCUCGCAAUACGCGCGUAAAAGAUGCCUGAAUUGUAUCAUAACGACAUCAGCAACAUUCCGCGUUCAGAUCGUCAAAUAGGAAGUGACCCUGGCCCUGUUGAACAGCCGAUACAGAUCCUCACAGCCAGUGAUGACCAUACAUUUAUUCUGAACGAUAUUGAACUCACAAAGCUCCUUUUACGCGAGGACAUUAAAGACCUCAAGGUUGUCGUUGUGUCAGUUGCUGGCGCCUUUCGAAAAGGGAAAAGUUUUCUACUUGAUUUCUUCCUGAGAUAUAUGCGGGCAAAUGGUUCGACUCAAUGGCUGGGCGACGAAGAUACCCCGCUGCAGGGCUUCAGCUGGAAGGGUGGGUGUGAGCGAGAUACGACCGGCAUCCUACUUUGGAACGAAGUCUUCAAGGUGAAGAUGCCGUCAGGAGAAAAAGUGGCUGUUCUGUUUAUGGACACGCAGGGCUCGUUCGACUCACACUCCACAGUGAAGGAUUGUGCAACAAUCUUUGCACUUUCAACGAUGACCUCCUCUAUCCAGGUGUACAACUUAUCCCAGAACAUUCAAGAAGACGAUCUUCAGCACCUUCAGCUGUUUACAGAGUACGGCCGCUUGGCCUCGGAAGCUGGUACCCACGAUUGCGCACCUUUCCAGAAGCUUCUGUUUCUUGUACGCGAUUGGAGCUAUCCGUAUGACGCUCCUUAUGGGCCUGAGGGUGGAAAGGAAAUCCUUGAAAGGAGACUUGAAAUCAGCGAGAAACAACAUCCGGAGCUACAGCAACUUCGAAGACACAUUCGGUCAUGCUUCUCGUCGAUAACCUGUUUCCUUUUGCCUCAUCCCGGACUGAAGGUUGCCACUUCACCGCAUUUCGAUGGGCGGAACCGCGAUAUCGAAAAAGAGUUCAAAACGCAGCUUUCUGACUUGGUGCCGUCGUUGUUGGCGCCAAAAAAUCUCGUCAAGAAACAGAUCGAUGGCAGAGAUGUUACAUGUCAGGAGCUGCUCGAGUAUUUUCGCGCAUACGUUAAUGUGUUUGGCGGGAACGAACUGCCUGAACCGAAAACAAUGUUGGAAGCGACCGCUGAAGCCAAUAAUCUCGCGGCGGUUGCCGUCGCUCGUGACUUUUAUACACGAGAAAUGGAGAAGCUGUGCGGAGGUGAUCAGCCUUACGUUUCGCCGCGCGAACUUCAGACUCACCAUGUACGCUUCAAGGAUCUGGCUCGACACCAGUUCGAGAAUACGCGAAAAAUGGGUGGCAACGAAUUCUGUCUUCGCUACCUGCACCGGCUACUGACAGAACUCGAUGAAAUGUUCGCGAACUUCCAAAAGCACAACGAGAGCAAGAACAUUUUCCAGGCCGCGCGAACGCCAGCGUGCCUUUUUAGUGUUGUUAUAUUCUUUUACAUCUCCUCAGGAAUCUUCGCGUUGUUUGGAAUUUAUCCACUAGCAAAUAUAUGCAAUCUUUUCAUGGGUUUGGUCCUGUUGGCCUUGGUAGGCUGGAUUUACAUCCAAUACAGUGGCGAGAUGCGCGAGAUUGGGCACCAGAUCGAUAUUGUGGCUAGUCAGCUCUGGACGCACGUAUUAAAACCUCUUUAUAAGAUGGCAACCCAGGAUCGACUGGCGGUCAAUCCCACGGCAAACUUGCCUUCAGAUGAUUCUAACGGAAUGACCACAACACUAACAUCCAGCUUCAAGAAUACAGGUACACAGGAGACAACAUACAGAUAUCGUCCCACUGCGAGGAAGGUCAACUAGUAAAACAGAAGUGAAUAGAAAUACGAGCGCACAUAGUGAAUGAAGAGACAUAAACUAGGCACUGAAACGAGAGGGCGGCAGCAAGCAGAAAUUAAUGGAAACUAGCGACAGACCGACCACGAUGAUAUUGGACAGUGAAAUAUUUGAUCGCACAUCCGACGCCGCGUGUCCGCGCUGAUCAUUUUUCAGUUCUUUUAAACAGCUACUCAUUUUUCUCUGCCACACUUUUGUUUCAAGGCAGUUGGAUAGAUUAUUGGUUGUUCGUAAAGUUUCGACAAACGAGAAAAAUCUAAACAAAGAAAAUGGACCACAUGGAAUUUCGCCGAAUCUUUAGCUGGCGGUAUCGCCGCUAACACUGACGAAUGGUCUAUUGAGUCGUUUUUACAUGCAUAUCCAACAAUAUACUCGACAACAAGUACGUUUAAAUUACGUGGAAUAAACAAAAAAAACAUGGGAAUUAAUUUGUUUCAGUUUUUUUUGUAUCUUCAGUUGUAUUGUUGAAGGUUAUUGCAAGGAAGAAAACAAGCGAAUGUUAAAGCGUCAUUGCUGAGAUGAAACUGGAAGGGGAAUUGCAGCAGUUUUAUUCAUCCUUAUCACACGAUUAACGUUUUUUGGCGUUCUACCUUCUCUUACAUGUAAACUAUUCUAAUGAGAUGCGUGCAUAAAAAUAUGCAUAGAUCACAUUUUUACGUAAAAACAUUUUCAUUAUUAACAAAGUAUAACGUUCGUUAUAAUAAUGAACACAUAUGUGACCUUUGAGGUUGUACA